GCAGGGACGGACUGACCAUUUGGAAACUUGGGCACUGCCUGAGGCCCCGGGGUCAGUAGGGGGCCCCAUGAGAUGACCCUGGUACCUUUUUCAUAGGAUUUUUUGAGUUUGGGCAAGGACACAGGGGCCCCAUGAUCCCCUAUUGCCCAGGGGCCCCAUGAGUUGUCAGUCCGCCCCUGGUCACUGGAGUAUGCACGCUAUCAAUUUACACAGCGCUUUACAUAUAUAUUGCACAUUCACAUCAGUCCCUAACCCUCAAGGGGUG